GCGUCGCGACUCGUCACACAGCCCGCUACGUUUGUGACAGAGAGGUCACGGUCACACCAAAAGCGGUCUGCGCGCCAUCUCGUUCUGUUGAUCGCCGUUCGUCUCGUCCCCCACACUCCUCAAGACACCUCCGUACCCCCUCAAGAUGGUGAGUACGCUCUCCACGACAUCCGAGUUGGCGUCCCUUCGAGCGACGUAUAUGCAACUCUCGUCGUUUCCGAUGGAUGGCAUGGCUGACGAGCGGAUGCGGUCUGCAGCCCCCCAAGAAGACGAAGGCGCCCAAGGAAGAGAACCAGGUGUCGCUCGGCCCCCAGGUCAAUGAGGGCGAGCUGGUUUUCGGCGUCGCACACAUCUACGCGUCGUUCAACGACACCUUCGUCCAUGUCACCGAUCUCUCCGGCAAGGAGACCAUCUCCCGUGUCACCGGCGGCAUGAAGGUCAAGGCCGACCGUGACGAGUCGUCGCCCUACGCUGCCAUGUUGGCUGCGCAGGACGUGGCUACGCGCUGCAAGGAGGUCGGCAUCACCGCCCUCCACGUCAAGCUCCGUGCGACCGGUGGUACGGGUACCAAGACCCCCGGCCCUGGUGCGCAGAGCGCCCUUCGUGCGCUCGCCCGCGCUGGCAUGGGUAUCGGCCGUAUCGAGGACGUCACCCCCAUCCCCACCGACUCGACCAGGCGCAAGGGUGGUCGCCGUGGUCGCCGUCUCUGAUCUGGAAAGAUCGCAAAAGCUCUCUGGUCGUUCGUCAUGUAUCUCGCAUACUGUCAAUGAUCAAUGGUCGCCGCUCGACACGCAUCAGGUUCGCCUGCCCCGUGGUCGAUGCAUCAUCGUUCUCUGUCCAUGUGUGCUCCUAUGUGAUAUGACCGCCAUUGCAAUCUGAAUUUGACUGUGCUCUUGCU